AGCUGAUGGUGGGGCUGGACAGAGAGUCAGAGUGGGAGAUUCGGCAAUGGGGAGAGAUACAAAAGCCGUGCUUUCCUCUCCUCCUCCGUGUGCAGCUCGUUUCUUCGUGCAGAGAGGGGCAGUCGGCUGUUGCUAUAUAAAUAACUCAACCCCUCUACGCCCGUCCUGACCCUCCAUAAUCAUCCCGCUUCUUUCCACUCGCGCUGUUUUGUGAACUAAGAGGAAAAAAUGUCUGCCCAGCAGUUUCAUCAACGGCCUCCGUUCCGGGCGGAGCACCUAGGCUCGCUACUUCGUCCAGAUGACCUUCUCGCUAAAAGGACUGCCUUUGAGAAGGGAGAGGUCACCAAGUCGGAGUUGGAGGCGGUUGAGGGGAGGGAGAUUAAGAUGAUCGUCGAGACCCAGAAACAGCUUGGAUACUCGGCCAUCUCGGAUGGAGAGUACUGCAGACACAUGUUCUGGGGCACCUUUUUCCCUGGCCUGGACGGGUUUGAGGAAAUCAACGACAUCGACAUCGAUCAGUUCCGUCCCUAUAUUCCGGACAUUGCUGCGUUCAUCGAGGCGAACCACAAGCCUGGCGAGAGCUGUAUUUGUGUCGGCAAAAUCAAGCACGUCGGCAGCACGUAUGUCGACCAAUUCAAAUACCUCGCCAGCCUGGUACCUACAGAGGAGGUGAAGAACCUCAAAAUCACCCUUGCUGCACCGAACUGGUAUCAUCUGCGUUACCGGGAGGGUAACGCCUAUCCUAAGGAAGUGUACGCUUCUGACGAAGAGUACUUUGGUGACAUUGCCAAAGCCUAUCAAGACGAAUUGCAGAUUCUGUACGAUGCCGGCUGCAGGAACGUCCAAUUCGAUGAUCCCAAUCUUGCAUACUUCUGCUCGGAGAAAAUGAUUGCAGGCUGGAAGGCGGACACAAUGAACAAGUACUCCGUCGACGAGUUGUUCGACAAGUACAUCAAGCUGUAUAAUGAUUGCAUCGCCAAGCGUCCUGCUGAUUUCCACGUCGGUAUCCACCUCUGCCGAGGCAACUUCGUCAACAGCCGCCACUUCUCCGAGGGUGGUUAUGACCGGAUUGCCACCCAGCUCUUCCAGGAGUUGCACGUCGACACCUACUACCUCGAGUACGACACCCCCCGUGCCGGCGGGUUCGAGCCCCUCAAGGAGCUGCCCCGGAACAAGAACGUCAUCCUGGGAGUGGUGACGAGCAAGUUCCCCAAGCUCGAAGACAAGGAGGAGAUGAAGAAGCGCGUGCAAGACGCCGCCCAGUUCAUUGCCGAAGGUAACGGCAUCUCCAUCGAGGAGGCCCUGAACCAGGUGGGCGUGAGCCCCCAGUGCGGCUUCGCCAGUCACCGCGAGGGCAACGAUAUUGACUGGAACGGGAUGGUUGAGAAACUGAAGCUUGUCCGCGAGAUCGCCAACGACGUCUGGCCGGGCCAGCCAUAAGCUUAUUUUCUACACCUUUUUGAAUAAAUCCCAAAACACCUUUCUAUUUUCCUAUUCUAUCAUACACAUUAAGGCACCCCACACCGUCAAAACAUAUAAAUCCCAUCUUCUACUCGGCAGGCCCGAUGAUGUUGGCUUCCUUAAUGGCAGACCUCUUGUGCGUAUGGCUGUUUUCAAUCUGCCAAAAUCAGCGGACAUUACAGUUUUUCUAUUUUCCACCAGCAACAUACCUCGUAACGGGGCUCUUCCCUCGACGCCUCGACGUUUCGGCCCGUAAGCUGGGUAGGCACAGUGCUAACUUCACGGACUAUACCGACG